CUCUCCUCAUCUGUUCUGCCACGUGGCUGCCUUCCUGCACAACGCCCAGCGCGCUGCCUAGCACCGCCGAUGUCAACAUCAUGUAAACAAACCAGGCACCAUUAGAUGAUGUCACCGGGAAUCUAGCCGGCCCGCCCUGUCUCUCGUACUAAUGAACCGACUAAUAAUAACUGAUACUGUGCCAACUUGCAGUUUCUCUCCCAGCGAGUACAUACUACCACAGCCCACAAUGACAGGCUUCGGCACUCCAUCCGUGGCGGUCGCUGCAACACCAACAGUCAUCUCCACCUUCUUUUCUCACAUCCUCGCCCAUCGUCGCCGCAAGAACGCUUCCAAAAAGUCUCUCGAGGCUGGCGGUCCUGGAGGUGGGCCGGAGGAUCAGUUGACUUAUGAAGAAGGGCUCCAAGUCGUCAGACGUUUCCUGGACUUUGCAAGCCAUCAUGGUGUAGAAGAAGUUCAGGCAUUCACCGCUAUGUGGGUGCCGACGCCCCGCUGGGUCAAGCGAGAUGUCAUGGCGAUACCUGAUGAGAAUAUCAAGGAGGCAGAGGACAUCCUUGCAAAGCAUCUUUCGACGUAUGGACCUCAGGGAGCUGAAGGAGGAGGAUUGCAACUUGUAGGAGGCGACAAAUGGUGGAGGGUCCGACGGCGCACCCUUGAGGGUGAAUGGAUAGAGAUGCAGCAAGAUUAUCUCAAACGUACAGCUAAGAAGGCUGCCGCUGAACCAUCCCCUGCAGCAACCUUGACAUCUCCAACAUCGUUAACAGCUUCCAGCCGGAGUGAUAUGAGAUAUAUGCCCCACAAAAGGGCUACAACAGGUAGUGUCAUAGACAAUGCUGGAGGUGAAGUGCUUGAUGACCGUGUUAUCAUGUACAUCCAUGGCGGUGCAUUUUUCUUCUCUUCCCUAGAAACCCACCGAUAUCAAGUUCAACGACAUGUUCGAAAGGCCGGCGCUCGCGCUUUCUGCCCAGCAUACAGAUUGUCCCCCCAAUACCCUUUCCCAUGCGGUCUCCUCGACUGUCUCGCAGCCUACCUCUACCUCAUCUCUCCUCCUCCCUCAGCCCCUCAUCAACCCAUACUUCCUACCAACAUCAUCCUCUCCGGUGAUUCGGCAGGCGCUGGGAUGGUCAUCUCCCUUCUGGUGCUUAUCAGGGAGAUGGGAUUACCCAUGCCGGCCGGUGCGAGUUUGAUUAGCCCCUGGGUGGAUUUGACGCAUAGCAUGCCGAGUAUUGGAGGUUGGGAUGGAGGGGACUUUAUUCCUUCUUAUGGUUUUCAUUACAGACCAAGUUGCGCAUGGCCGCCUUUGCCAGGAGACGGUAUAGAUGUGACGAUGCCCGAUGGAUCUACCAACCGAUACGAUGAGCAGAUUCAGAUGUAUUGCCCCAAUAAUCUGUUGACUCAUCCACUGGUAUCACCCGUCAACCAAGGAUCCUUGGGAGGUUUAUGCCCUUUGCUCAUUGUUGGCGGUGGCGGAGAGCUCCUUCGUGACGAGAUCACUUACACGGCGUACAAAGCAGCCGACCCCGUGAAAUACCCUCCAUCGUCAAUUACACUGAGUCAGUACCCAGACCAGGCCAGCAAGGUCGCCAAGUACAAGCCUACCAAAGUGCAUCUCCAGUUAUACGAAGGAGGUUGCCAUGUCGUGCCUACUCUGAGUUGGACCAAGAGUGCGAAAUACAUGUACCGAGCGUGUGCCAAUUUUAACAUUUGGGCAUUCACUGCAGCCCGUAAAGCUUUGGAAAAGAAACUGCAGCAUAAAGAGUCGUCUAGUUCUCUCAGAAAGCAACGUUCGGUGCCAUCUCUCAAGCAGUACAAGGCCACCCAAUUGCCCAACGGCCUUACUGCGCUCUCCAUGUCCGAUUCCUUGACAAAUGGAAUGGCCCUCUCAUCCCUCUCCCUAACGGCCCCUGGAGUAAUCAACGCCUCUUGGGCCCCUUCGUCCGUAUCCACUUCCAGCCCCACCAGCAGACAAUCCACUAUCGACUUUACUCAACCAGUCAUCACUUCUGGAGCUGCUGUCGCUGCCAACACCAAACCCAUCUCUUUCGGUGAGGUCCAAUCUGAAGCAGAGUCGGAUGAGGACGACAUGUCUGUAACAUCCGAAAGCACGGCUGCAGAAGAAGAAAGAGGUGAUCCUGUCCCUACUAAAGGCAUAGUGACUGUGCAUGGCACUGAACCUCUUUAUGGUAAUGUUAAUCUUGUAUCCGAAAGAGUCUCUGUACAUGGCAACAUCCGACCAUUCGAGCCUAUCGAAGCUGUACCGGCACUCCAGCCUUCCUUGCGAGAACAUAUCGGCCAGGUUCACGGGGAUGGAGCAAUCCGCAAGUGGCUCGCCAGACGUCACGAAUGGGAUAGAAAGUACAGUAAAGACCUUGCUAAAUGGCGAGACAUCAAACAGAAGGAUAGGGCCAGGGCGGAAGCGGAAGGCUUCUUGACAAGGAAUCUGCAAGGUGAGAGACCACCAUUAUGUUCGGUAGCAGGGAUCUGGGAUAAAGGGUUGGCGAGGGAUGUGGCGAAGAGUGUAGAUGAAGUGACGUCGAGAAGUAUGGGUAUGGGCUGGUGGACUAAAUGGGGUUCAAAGGCCGACGAAGAGCACGCGGACAGACGGAAGACGCGCGAGAAGGCUGCCCGAGAAGAGGAACAGAACAAGCUUCACUCAGCAAAAGACCAAGGAAUUCCCGAUGCUAUUCCCCCGGGACCUAUGGCGACAUCCGAUCCGCCUACGGAUGGAGCAGCGGGCACAGAACAGUUGUUUGACGAACCGGAAGCCAUAUUAUUCGAGGACGCGGAAGGAGAGAGGAAUGAUGUCGAGACGGCAAGAGGGGUGUAAUUCAGCGUCAACAGGAUCUUUUUCUCCAUGAUUAAGCAUGUUAACAGUAGACACAAUAGCGGAUGGCAUUUUUGAAACGAGAUAAGCAUGCAAACCAAAGUUUGAUAACAUU